AUGCAAUCCUUCAAAAUUAAACUGCUGGGUGACCCAACCUGCUUUCUGGGCUGCAAUUUGUUCCGCCAGAAUGGGACUAUCUGGCUAAAUCAGGAAGCCUAUGCAAAGAAGGUAUUGGUAGAGACUGGCUUCGCUAAUUCGAAAGCGAGCAAGUUGCCAAUAUCGAGUGGCUACAAAGCCCCUGCAGUAUCGACAGCAGGAGAAGAUGCGAACAAGGGAAACAAAGCCUAUUCGACAGAUAUUGGGAAGAUGAGCUGGCUGUCGCCGAAGACUCGCCCUGACCUCGCCUUGGCAGCUGUGAAGAGCAUGUUUCGCUACCUGCGAGGUACGAUGAAGCUUGGGAUUGCUCUAGGCAGCUCCAGCAAUUAUGGCGAGAAUGAUUUGCAUGGUUUUGUCAACGCCUCUCAUCAGGACUGCACUGGUGGCCACUCAACUGAGGGCUAUAUCUUUUUUAUGAACGACACCCCUAUCUCCUGGCGAUCGGCAAAGCAGAAGGUUGUCGCCCCGAUUGCCUUGCUGAAGAAGGAUGGCUACUCGUCGACGACGAAGUGGAUUGAUAAUCGCUAUUUCUUCGUCAAAGAGGCGAUGAAGAAGGGCCUCAUCGAUCUGGUUUUGAUCAGCGGCGACAACAAUAUCGCUGACUGGCUGACCAAACCGCUCGCUGCUGCCAAAUUUGACAAGUUUCGAGCAGCUCUGAACCUUGCCGAACCCCCGAUGGCAUUGGAUGAAUGCCGCAGUGUUGAAAUUGGGCUUUAUUUGAAUGAAUUUGACGAUGAUGACGACAAUUCUGACGAAAUUGACGAAGAUGUUGACGAAUUUGCGUGA